UUUCAAAUAUCCGAAUGAUCAAACGUAUCUUACAUUUUCUCGUUUACCAUUACAGAAACCUGGCACUAGCGAACGGUAUAGCAGCAGCCGGAAGUGGAGUAGGAACAGUGGCAGUGGGUCCACUUUUACAGGUGCUGCUGACUGCUGUUGGCUGGAGACAUACGCUUCGAAUCUUUGCAGGUUUACUUCUUAUUCCCACCCUAGCUGCUUUAGCAUACUGUGUUCCCGAGAGCCGUAAUAAAAAGGAGAAAGAAGCGAACUUACCGAAACCGAAGGUUAAAAUCGUCGACUUUACAGUCUUAAAGAAUCCUGCGUUCCUUGUUCUCUGUGUGGCGAUGAGUACUUUUAUGUUGGGUUACUUCGUGCCGUUUAUUCAUGUGGUAAGUUCUCGUACGGGUUAUGGAAAACCUAGCUGCAACCAUUAAAUUUCCAUAUUUAAUUUUUACCCAUUUUAAAAAUUGGGGGUUACCAUGCUUCUUUUCCAACUAUACGAGGCGAUAGGCCAUUUUUGAGUGAAUAUGUACACGUAUGUCGUCAUGGCAACGAAUUAUCUGUUAAUAAAACUAAUAUAAUUUGAAAGUAGAGAUAUCAAAAUAUAUGAAAUCUUCAAUAUCUGCCGAAUAAAUCCUAAAAAUGCGUAGUUUGAACAUGUCAAAGUGUUGAACACUUUCGCAUUUUCUUUGUCCUCGGCUUUAGUUGCCUGCAUUGCCGAACCACUGAUCAAUAGGCCUAUAUGUAAUUCAUAUGUGCUAAAAGAAGAGGCAGGGAAAUUUACAUACGAAACUAAGGUCUUAAUUUCAGGUUCUGUUUAACAUAGCUGUAUAUUUAAAUAAUUUAACUAAUAGUGUAACUGCAUGUCUUCGUUGCAGCCUCGUUAUGCUCAGAUGCUUAACAUCCAUCCCGACAAAGCCUCAAAUCUCAUCGGAAUCAUGUCGGUUGGUUCGACGUUUGGUCGUCUCUUCUUCGGCUGGCUCUCAGACCAUCCUCGUGUCAAUCGUCUUUACCUUUACCAAAUGUCUUUCUUCUGUAUUGGUGCUAUCCAAACAUUAGUUCCUCAAAUCACGAACUUCACCGGUUUUGCUAUGUACAUGGUAUCGUUUGGCGUAUUUGACGGCUGUUUUAUUGUAUUGUUGGCUAUUGUGGUUAGUGAUGUGGUUGGCAUCGACAAAGUCUCAACUGGAAUGGGUGUAAAAUUUUUCUUCAUGGCUAUAACAACGUUUGUCGGUCCUCCAUUUGCUGGUAAGUGUUCGAAGAACGAUAGAAAUAUGUCAGCUGACGCAAGUCAAUCACAACACUUGCAGGGUUUUUUUUAAACCAGCUUGCAGGCAGACAGUUGCGAGACUAUUUAAGUCAGAUUGUAUGGAACUGCUCACCAAGCCUUUCUAGAUUUCGUGAGGAUUCUAGUUAAUUAGUGGUGCCAAAACGGGAGGAACAACUACGCUUUUGUUCCUGCACCAUGCACUGUUUAAUGGGGAUCGUUUUUUCCACGAUAACUUUCUAGGGCAAAAAAAAGAAAUAUGUGGGUUUCCGGUUUCCCGACCCUACCUAGCUUUUGGACGUCGAAAUCCCGACCCUAAACUUUUUUAUUGGAUCAUGGUUGUAAGUGUUUCCACUUAGAGGAAAAAGUUUGUGGAAAAUUGAAAUUUGAGGCAAUAUUAGGGAAAUUUAUUUUUGGAUGUGGAAGCACUGACUAAACAAAAUGGCGUCCGCUUGUUCGGAAAAUUAAAAAAAAAGUUUAAAAAAAAAAGUUAAAACCGACCUACCCUACUUAAGUUUUUAUACGAAGAAACCGGAAACCCACAUAUUUUUUUUUUUGGCCUAGGAUAGCUUGCCGGAUAUUAUUGAAUGUUAAAGCUAUUUUAUGUUUGAAUUUGAUCACCUAGAUAUUAUGUGCAGGAACAGUAGCGUGUCUCCUGUUCUUCAGGGGAGGCCACCCAUCGUUAUAAAUUUCCCAAAAUACGUGUCGACUGGAGGGGGUGGGCAAAAUUUUUUCGAAACAUUAAAGCCCCGUUUACACUACGCUCAAUUUUUGGUACGGCAUGGAUAAAAUUGGUACCCGUACCACUUUUUAGGUAGUCCAAGAACCAAAAAAGUGGUACGGUACCAAAAAUCGAGCGUAGUGUAAACGGGGCUUUAUACAAUUUAAAAUACGCGCCGCUCUUUCUUUUACUCAUUUGGCCGAUUUUUAAGUAGAAUUGACAAUUCAUUUCAUGCAGGUUUCAUUUCAUGCAUGUUUGGCGCCCCCUAAAAGCUGCACCCUCGCCCUUGGCAUGUCCUUCCCCCCGUCAACACGCCACUGUGCAGCAAGGAUACAAAAUACAACAACAAAUACAACCAAUCAUAGGCAACUACAAAUUCAACCAAUCAUAUAGGCGUACGCCCCCAAAAUUUUAGAAAACCAUGGAAAUUCCGGCAAAUGCGAGGACAAAUCAAGAACAUUCGGGCAGAUUUAUCAGGAAAUAUGUUAAAUUCUAGUUAUUUCAUUACAAUCCUCCAUGGAAAUUCGUGCAAACUUUAAAUCCCCCCCCCCCCAGAAAGUAUCAGCCCCGUACGCCUAUGCAACCAAUAUGUUUAUCUGAAGCCUUAAACUCAACGGUUGGUUGUAUUUUUGUUCACACAGACAUUAAAAUACAGUAUAUAUAACAAAAAUAAUUAAAUCAGAAAUCUAGUGAAUUAGAAUAUGCGAGUUCAAUCCUUCUCGAGGCAACGAACAUUUCGCUCUUCUCUAUAAAAAGAAAAAAGGUUGUAUUCUUCCAAAUGUCCUGAAAUUCUAUCUGCAAUAUAUUACUCUAACUGUAACAUAAACCUCCCCAGGUAAGUAUUGUGCAUGAUCCAUCUCAGGUUCUGACUUAUGAUUACUUAAUUCCAUAUAACCAACACACUGCAGCCUUAUGUCGAUUCUAACUCAAUAAAUGUGAUCUCCUUUUAGGCUGGCUAGUUGAUAUAUCAGGCUCAUACGACUUGGCAUUCUAUACGGCUGGUGGCAGCGCAUUCCUAGCAUUCCUUCUUUUAUUCUUCGUGCCAUGCCUCAUGCCCCGCAAUAUGCGCAUGCGCAACAGAAUGGCGUUCGAUGCUGCUGAAGAAGAGAGAGCUGAGGAGGAGGAAGAAAGUAUUUAUGAGAAAGAAUAUCCAUUCGGCGGUUGCCCCGAGAUCAAGACAGAAGACGUCGACGAUCCUACAUUGACUGUUUCCUCAUUACUAUCACCUCCCACUUUUAGUAAACCGAGGAGUCUCCUAUCUGUCCAUUCUCUUAAUCCAAAACAGAAUACAAGGAGUCUCCUAUCUGUCCAUUCUCUUAAUCCAAAAAAGAAUACAAGGAGUCUCCUAUCUGUCCACUCUCUUAAUCCGAAAAAGAACACACUAUCAAUUCAUUCUAGGGAACCAUCAUUACGUGCAAGUCGGUUGGAAGUGAGUUGUGCUUUAGCUGGUGCAGAUCCAAACAUACUGUCUGCAGACGUCGUCCGUCGAGGAAAGUCAACUCCAAACUUACACGUAGUAGAACGUAUGGCGGCCGUAUGAUUAAACGAAUACACCUAUUGAUCGACGGUAUGACUGUUUUGCACACAAGUCGUUUACGGCUACUUAUAGGAAUUAUAUCACUUAUUCUCCGGGACUUUUGGCAAAUUGUUCGUCAUAUUGAUUUCAUGAUGAUCCAUGUGGUUCUACGGUAAACACGUUUACACAAUUGUGUUCAAAUUGGUAUUUAUUGACAAUGUUCGUGUUCAGCAGCGUUCAGUGUUUAAAAAAACAUAAUUAAAAAUAAAAAUCAUCGAAUCGAAAAAAUCGAGACAGACAGUUAACAUAGUAGUAUAACUAUUGAAGUAAAUAAUACGUGCUUCUUAGUUCUAGUGAGUAACAUAACGUUUAUACGGUAUGCUUUCAAAGCAUAUUACCUUACAUACACGCAUGCUCUGUUUAAUGAAAGAGGACAGAUAGUAGUAGAUGUAGACAUGAGAAACCGUGGACGUUAAUUUCAACUCGUACACCUGGGUCAUUUCCAAGUAGUUGAUUGAAGAUUGCAGCAACUACCUGAAUAAUAUACAAAAUACAUGUAUAUUUUCCAGGUAUUUGUACCCUUCAACCAACGUCUUGUUCAACGCUACCUACAUUGGCUCCACCACUCAAAAUAUUAAUGAUUUUACGCAUAACCAUAGGUAUGACCAUUUCGUCAAUAGAAUAUGCAUACAAUCGACGAAGUACAAUAGAACUCAUUAUCUAUUCUGAUUUACGUUCAUUUCAUCGUCACGUGUGUAUUGCUUCAUUGCCAAUUGAACCAACAGGAAUGUUUAGUUUUACCAAUUCACAAUGGCUAUAUGUUGAACAUUACAUCGCGCCAUUUUUAAAUCAAACAUUGCUUUUGGUUGGUUGACAAUGUGUAAUAUAAUUUUCCGAUCAAAACACCAAUAUGGCCGUUCAAUGAUUGUUCGACACGGACAUUAUGGCCGUUGGUAUUCGCCUUCAUUCGUUUGAAUAAUUUCUUCCUCAGUCAUUCUUGCAAAACCAAAACGCAAUCUUUUACUAAUUUGGUACAUGCACAUACAUAGGAAGUUAUAAACUUAGUUAGAAUAUAGCUACUACUCAUUUGCCCUUUCUCACACCAAUGCGAACAACUCUCAACUAUUUUUGAGUGCAGGAAAACUGCAUGGGGGAUAAUAAAAGUAGUGAAGUAGAAACACAGCUGUACUAUUAUCGAUAAGUAUAUAAUUUGCUUCACUGAAUCACUACUUCACUUGUCAUCCUUUAUUGUUGCACGGUUUGCCACCCAACAAUGGAGGACAAGGUCAGGACAAGGUCAUACAGCAUGGCAUGAAAAAGGCUUAAUUGAAACUUCUUUCAUAACUUCAUAACAUUGUUGAGGUCUAUCGAUCAAAUGAAUUGCUAUGUUGUAUUGAAUUUAUUUUCAAAUUUCGAAUACAAACGAAAAAGCUGCGUUUAUUGCAAUUUUACUAUUGUAUUUCAUCGAGUUUCGUAGCCAUCUUUAUUCACGAUAUGGUAAUAUCUACGGUUUCUCAUAAAUGUUUCAUAACUUCCCAGAUUUUCUAGAAUAUAUUCUUCACACAUGGUCACAUUAUUCAUCCUAGUAUACGUUUUUAUUCGUUUUACUGAAAAUUUUAGGAGUCAAUUCCAAAUGUCAAUCGCGCCCAAUAAAUUUUAGGAUACUGACUAUAUUGUGGGUAAAUAGAGAAAGGGGAGAAUUUUGAUUUCAUCUCUUAGUUGAAGCAAGGAAAGAGUUAAAUUUGUGCUUUUGGACGACAUCAAUGUCAUAUUUCUCUUUCAGUAUAGUCUUAUUGUUACUGCAAACCUGAGUUAAAACAUUAAAAUCGUACUAUUUUCAAAUAAAAAGAAAUUAUUUGAAAAUAGUAGGAUUUUAAUGUGUUAACUCAGAUUUUAGAUUCUUAGUAACAAUAAGACUGUGUUGAAAGAGAAAUAUAGUCCAAAAGCACAAAUUUGAUUUCAUCCCUUGUGAGGAAACUUGGGUACAUUGAAAAUAGUACGGCGUCGUCUCAAAAUUUCGGAUAUUUUCCCACAUGAAUAACACGUGAAAAAAGGGAAGGGGUAAAGAACCGACGCAAAAAUAUUCUUAAAUUGGAAGUGUCAAUUUUUUUAUGAUUCAUUAUAACUAACGUUCAUGGACUGAAAAACACGGGGAAUUAAUUUGAUUUCGGAAACUGGAAGAUGAUUUAAAGUGACUGGCUAUGUGCAAAAAUACACUUUAGCCUUAGUAUAUUUUCGAAAACCGCUCGUCGUCGACCGUCGGCAACACAUGAAAAUGAUCAUGUGUGUAAAAAAAUUCAACAUUUCUAACGACACAUAAAUUCAUUGGAAGGGGGGGAGGGGGGGAGCAGAUAUAACCAUUUUUAGCGGAUAUUCGAGUAGGAAAAAGUGUCGAAAUUUUGAGAAGGCCGCAAACAAUGGUCGAAAAAAUGAAAUAAUUUUAAUCUGAAGAGCAAUGAGGAGGGUUCACCAGUGGUUUAUAACGAUAACGAGCGCGACAUUGACCAGUAUGAAAUAUGAAUUAUAUUGAUGUGCAUUAAUUGGCAUUUGGAAUUAACUCCUACAUAUAGCCGAAACAUACGUAACAGACGAAAGUUCAAGAACAGUUCAGCAUCAAGAAGUAGUAUAUUGAAUUAAUGAUAUUUUAUAGAAUCAGAAUUUAUAGUCUACAAUUUUAGUAGCAAUAUAGAGAUGACUUCUAUUUUUGGGUUGGGUGUUUAUUUAUAAGUGCAAAUUUUAUUCUUACGCAAAUAAAAAGAGAUAUGAGUGUGGAAUGGUGGACAAAAAUAUGUGAGAUGCAUGAACAGCUUAUAUAUAUCUUUAAAAAGAUAUAAACUGCAUGCAUGUGAAUUGUGAAAUGUACGUGCUCGCAUAUUCUUAUUAAACUUUUAUAAAAAGAAGUCGGUUGUUUUGCUGUUUGUU